CAAUGUUUUGGUUCCUGGCGAUGACGUAAUACACAAAAACAUGGUUCCCUUGUUUUGAACCUGAAAAGCGUGCUAAGUGCUUCUUAAACUUCACUACGCAUGAAGAUGCUUUUACGAAACUGAAUGACUGGAGAACAUUCAUAGGAGACGAUGGCUCAGGCCGCGGAAACGUGUGCUGAAUCGGGACGCAGGCUGCGCUCCAUCUGCCGGAGGAUGUACGACGAAAACGAGGAUUUGUCCGAUGUUGAAGAAAUCGCGAACAUCAGAGGUUUCAGUGUGGAAGAAAAGCUUGUCAGUGACAGUUACAAUGCAAAAUAUGUCCACUUGCUUGAGGGUAAAGACUUUUCUUAUGAGUAUGUGCAGAGAGAGGCUCUCAAGGUCCCACUCAUUUUUAAAGAGAAGGAUGGACUUGGGAUCAGAAUGCCUGAUCCAGAAUUAACAAUUAGUGAAAUUAAAGGCCUAGUUGGCAGUCGUCGGUCUGUGGAUGUUAUGGAUGUGAGCACGCAGAAAGGCACUGAAAUGAGCAUGGCUCAGUUUGUCCGUUAUUAUGAAACACCAGAGGAAGAGCGAGACAAACUGUUUAAUGUCAUCAGUUUAGAGUUCAGCCACACUAAGUUGGAGAACCUCAUCAAGAGGCCCACAGUGGUGGAUCAAGUCGAUUGGGUGGACAACAUGUGGCCUCGUGAUCUGAAACUCAGCCAAACAGAACCCACCAAUGUAAUCUCAGAGAUGAAGUACCCUAAAGUGCAAAGGUAUUGUCUCAUGAGUGUGAAGGGCUGCUACACAGACUUCCACAUCGAUUUCGGGGGAACAUCUGUUUGGUAUCACGUAUUCAAGGGACAGAAAGUGUUUUGGCUUGUGCCUCCAACCCCUCAUAACCUUGCCCUUUAUGAGGACUGGGUCCUGUCAGGCAAGCAGAGUGAUAUCUUCCUGGGAGACCGAGCUGAUGGAUGCCAGAGAGUGGAGCUUAAGCAAGGAUACACCUUCUUCAUCCCAUCUGGGUGGAUUCAUGCUGUCUACACUCCUGAGGACACACUGGUGUUUGGAGGAAACAUCUUGCACAGCUUCAACAUUCCCAUGCAGCUCACCAUCCAUGAGAUAGAGAACAGGACUAAGGUUCAUUCCAAGUUCCGUUUCCCCUUCUACUAUGAGAUGUGCUGGUAUGUCCUGGAGAGGUACCUGCACUGCUUGACCAAACGGUCCUACCUGUCUCAGGAAUUCCGCAAAGAGCCUGUAGUGAUGGACAAUGAGACAAAGGCAAACACAGAGAGCCCGUCCUCUGACUCCAGGAGCCAGGACAUGAACGAGGACUCAUGUGAGACUCAGGGCAGGGACGACCAGGGUGAAAAAUCAGAGAGAGCUGCCCAGGAUGGCCCCUGCUCUCCCGACAACCGGAGAGGCCAACACCUCAAAACCGUUUUAUCUAUUGACUCCGAGGACAGCUGUAAUCCUGGCUCCACCUCUCUGGAUUUCCCUCAAACCCCCUCUGACUCUCCGGCCUCAGAGUCUCAGAGUAAAUGGACCCAUUUGACCGAGUUUGAACUGAUUGGACUCAGAACACUGGUCGAGAAGCUGGAGUCGCUCCCUGAAAAUAAGAAAUGUGUACCAGAAGGAAUAGAGAACCCACAGGCCCUGCUGGAGGACAUAAAGGUUGUCUUGAAGGAACAUGCCGAUGACGACCCCAAAUUAGCCAUCAGUGGAGUUCCUGUGGUGUACUGGCCAAAGAAAACUGUAAAGUCGCGGCCUCCCAACCGGCCGAAACCUAAGAUGGCAGCAUCUCCUGCCUCAGCAGUCAAGCUGUCAGCUAGUCGGGGAACAUCUGGUGCCAGGAGGAGAAGGACUCGCUGUCGAAAAUGUGAGGCGUGCCUGCGGACCGAGUGUGGAGAAUGCCAUUUCUGUAAGGACAUGAAGAAGUUUGGCGGGCCGGGCCGGAUGAAGCAGUCCUGCAUCAUGAGGCAGUGCAUUGCACCUGUCCUGCCCCACACAGCAGUAUGUCUCAUCUGUGGAGAGGCAGGGAAGGAGGACACAGUGGAGGAUGAGGAAGAGAAGUUUAAUCUAAUGCUCAUGGAGUGCUCCAUCUGCAAUGAGAUUGUUCAUCCUAACUGUCUUAAGGUGAAGGAUUCAAAUGGAGUCGUCAAUGACGAGUUGCCAAACUGCUGGGAGUGUCCAAAGUGCAACCAUGCCGGAAAAACAGGGAAAGCCUCAAAGCAAAAAAGGGGCCCAGGAUUUAAGUAUGCAUCAAACCUCCCUGGCUCCCUACUAAAAGAACCACGAUUAAACCGGGAUUCAAAAGAGGAGCCUGACCCACCAAUGGUGGCUACAGCAACUGUUACUGCUUUGACUACCGCAUCUGCUGUGAAGAGAAAGGCAGAGCGGGACGAAUGCCCGAAGAGGAAAGAGGAAGAGCCCCCAAAGAAACGUCCCCCCUUGCUGUCUCUGGAUGGUAUUCCCCGACCAAGAAUAGAGGACAACCCUCUAAGGAAAAAGAGGAAACUUUUUGACACCAAUGAUGAACCUGUUAUUGUGAAAAAGAAGAAGAAGCUUUCCAAACCAGAGGAUCCCUUGACUCCAAAGCUGUUGCGGCAAAUCAAGACAGAGAAUGAUCAUGGUGAUGAUGAGGACACCCAUGAGGAUCGUGAUGAAGAUGGAUUUUCUUUGGACACGAUUCAUGCAAAGGAUAAGAAUGACUAUGAUGAUGAGGACCAGGAAGAAGAUGAAGAUGUAGAGGAAGAGGAGACGGUGAAAAAAGAGAGAGACAGUAGCGCAGAGGACAAAGCCAAAGUCCUGUGUCCACUGCUAAGAACAUCUGCAGCCAGAGAAAGUGACCAAUCCUCCUCUAACUCUCCCAGAGCCGGACCAAGCAGCGAAUCAGCAGACGCUCAGGAGAGGAACUCUGCUUCACUAAAGGCUCGCCAUCAGCGUCGACGUCUCCCCAACAAAGAGACGAGCAAAGAGUUCAACCAGGAGAUUCCUAAGACAGAAGACUGUCUGUCCAACCAGAACCACAGUUCGGUUAAGACGGAGGACACCCCAGCCAAUCAAAACCGUCGACCUCUGAAGAAUGAGGACUCGGGGACCAAUCAGAACCGUAAACCACUUAAAACAGAGGAUUCGGCUGCUAAUCAGAGUCGCAGGGCCCUUAAAAUGGAGGAAGGUCUGACCAAUCAAAACAGACGGCCACUGAAAACGGAGGACAGUCUGGCCAAUCAAAACCACAGACCUGUAAAAUCUGAGUCUGAGAACGAAGUAGACGACCAAAAGCCGAAGUGGCCUCUUAAUAACGGCAGCAGCGACCUGGGUGACUGGCUGCGCCACAGGGGGCGGGAGGUGAACGAGACGCCGCGCGGUUACUCACCACUCAGUUGGAACAGAAGCACGCAGAUCACAUCUAUAUGUCCCCGUCCGCUUCCCUGUCGCUCGCCCCCAAAAUGUAUCCAAAUGGAGCGCCAUGUGAUCCGGCCCCCUCCCAUCAGCCCCCCACCCGACAGACUGCCGCUGAGCGACGGUGAGGCACACGUGAUGCGAAGAGAGAUGUGGAUGACAGUAUUCGGUCACCUGACUCACAGAGAUCUUUGCGUCUGCAUGCGUGUCUGCAGGACCUGGAACAGAUGGUGCUGCGACAAGAGGCUUUGGAAACACAUCAAUCUGAACCGCUGCAAGUCCAUCACACCUCUCAUGCUGAGCGGCAUCAUCCGGAGACAGCCAGCAGCUCUGGACCUGAGCUGGACCAACAUCUCCAAGAAACAGCUCAGCUGGCUCAUCAACAGACUGCCAGGUCUUCGUGUGCUGCUGUUGUCAGGAUGCUCCUGGGUGGCCGUCUCUGCUCUUUGCACCUCCAGCUGUCCUCUUCUGCGAACUCUGGAUGUUCAGUGGGUUGAGGGGCUGAAAGAUGCCCAAAUGAGGGACCUGCUGUCCCCCCCUACAGACAACAGGCCAGGACAGUUAGACAACAGGAGUAAGCUGCGCAAUGUGGAGGACCUGCGCCUGGCAGGCUUGGACAUCACCGACACGUCUCUGCGUCUCAUCAUACGUUACAUGCCCUCGUUGUCCAAGCUGGAUCUCAGCUACUGCAACCACGUCACCGACCAGUCCGUCAACAUCCUGACCGCUGCAGGGACGACCACCAGAGACUCGCUCACUGACAUCAACCUGUCAGUCUGUAACAGGGUCACGGACCAGUCGCUGACCUAUUUCAAGCGCUGUGGAAGCAUAUGUCACAUAGACCUGCGAUACUGCAAACAGGUGACCAAGGAGGGAUGUGACCAGUUCAUCGCGGAGAUGUCCGUCAGCGUGCAGUUUGAGCUGAUAGAAGAGAAACUACUGCAAAAGAUCAGUUAGGCAGAAGAGCACAAGUGGUAAAACUACUGUCCACAUGGAGGCAGCAGACGACCGAGCUCGUGGGGGACGGCGCUGUGUCUCAUGAACAUUUACGGACACUUGACGGGCGCGAAGACGCCGUCUGUUUCUGUAAAGCUGAUGUAAAGGGAAGCUGUGCUGCUAAGCCAGAAUGUAAAAAUGGAAAUCUUGUCCUGUGAAGGCAAUACUGCAAAAAUGUUUUUGUUGUUGUUUGCACCUGUUUAUAAGUUAUUUAUUUCUUUAUAUUGAUUGUUUAUGUAUUGUAUCAUGAUUACUUUUGGUGUUUAUAGAUUUUUUUUUGUUCCAAUGAAAAGUUUAUUGUAUUAUAGAGUAAUAUUUUUGUAUAAGAAAGUGUUUCAUACAUUUAUGUGCAUUAUUGAUUGCACCGCUGUACGGUAUCAUACCAUUGAAAUCAAUAAUCAGUUGGCAUUACUGUUAAGUUGUUAUGUGUUGAGAGACAAAGGUCUAAUAAUUUGUUGCCAAACUGUAGGAUGGUAGCUUGUGUUUGUAUGGGUGGGUUUUUUUAUGUUUUAUUUUAUAUGUCAAUGCCCUGUUUCUGAUCAACGGUACAUGUUGUUUUCCAUUUAAUGAUAACAUGUCCCCUUUUGGUUGAGAUGUGUAGAGGAAAAGUUUAAAAAGUUAUUUGCACUGAUACAGUAAAUACGAAUACAUUUAUGUAUUCUUACAUACACUAUAUGUACAGUGUAUAAAGCAUAUUUUUUCAACACUAAAUUGUUCUGGUAAUUCUACUAACAGCUUAUAGUUAAAUGGGUUAUAUUAAGACAUACAUACCUGCCAGUGUCAUCUCUCGUUAAUAUUGUUGGUGCUUUGUGAAAGGAAGCGUUUUAGCUCUGCAUGCAGCAAAGAAAUAUGUUUACACUGCAGCCAAUAGAUUUAGCAGCUAUUAAAUAAUAUAACCAUUUGUCAUUAGCUGAACUCCAUAUGAUAAAAAGAAAAAAUUUAGACUUAGUGCUAAAUCAUGCAAGAAAAAGAAUCAACAAAACCCAGACAUAGAAUAUUAAUGUUAGCAUUUGCAGAAAUCUUUCACAUGACAGAAUUGUAACUCAGGUGUAAUCAGUGAAGAGGCUGAAUGAAAAGUAAAAAAAAAAAAAAAAAAAAGAACAAAAACAAAACAAAGGACUGUUUCUUCACAUACUUUCACCAGUGACCCUGUUUAUACUGUUCUAAAUUCUCAUGGCCUUGAUAAAGUGAAGUCGGGAUGCUGAAAAAAACUUAUAUAAAAACAGAAUGCAUUCACAUUAACACAACGAACUGUGCUUACAAAGUGUUCCUAAACUCAUAUAGGAAUAUCCUUUGUACAGUCAGGCUUCACAAAGUGGGGAUCCUCACCCCUCCAUGCUUGAGAUCAACAAAGUUUUUCAAGGAUACCCCUUUCAUACCCAAUCAUGACGCUAUCACCUGUACCAAACUGGUGUUUUUUGAGCAGUACACAACUUCUUUUUGUCUUUUGUUGCUCCUGUCCAAAUUUCUUUUAAAUGUGUUGCUGGCAUCACAUUCAGAAUAAGCAUAUGAUUACAAAAAUCAAUGAAGUUGAUGAGGUAAAACGUUAAAUAUGUUGUAUUUGUACUGCAUCCUGUUCAGCAUAAAGGGAUUAGCAAAUGGACGCAUUUUGUUUUGUUUUACACAGCGUCCCAACUUUUUUUGCAUAUUAUGUACAUGUCAUUUAGCCUGUAACAUGAGAAGAAAAAAAACUCUUGCCUGAAAGAUUUCUGCAAACAUAAAAAUGAAAAUGGA